CACAUCACUAUUUUUCAACGGCCUUGGUUCUUUUUAUUCAAUAGUUUUUCAUCUGCUUAUUAGAUGUCGUUUCUCAAUAAAAUAUUGUAUUUCUAAAAGUUAGAUAUUUGAUCGUAUAAUAAACUUUACAACACCUGUGUAUUUGAUUUCAUGAAUUUCGAGGUAUUUGAAGUGCUCGUGAUUGAUUCGUUUAAUUAAAACCAAGAAAUUCGAAGAAGAGAUAUUGAGCGGCAUUACUUACAUUUGUGGAAAACUGUUGAUAAUUUUUUUUACCUUAUUGAUAUGAGAAAGGUUUCUCUUUAAAAGGUUGCAAAAUUGGCCAAAACCUUUGCGAGUUUGUACGACAUCGCGAAGUCGUACCACCAAAUAACACAUCAGAGGAAGACACCAUCAGCAACGAUGGUAUUGUCUGUUCUGUUACGCAGCCGCAAAGAACAGUUGUGUCGAUAAACAAACAUAGCAAUAGGGCGCUUGAAGAUUAAGCAGCAGCAAACAAGAAUCAACUUGUGACGAAUACAUAAGUGAGAGAAUUAGUGCGCGCUUACGGUGCGCUAUGUUACGGCGUUUAUAUCAACAAAAUUUGCAGUGCCAUCAACAAGAAAACUUUCAAACUGACAGGAGUUCAACGACUGAAAGCGGUCCAAGUAUUAGUAAGAAAGUUGAUAUCAAAAAAUCAACAAAAAAAUCAUCAUUAAUUACAUCACAAAAUUUAACAUCAGAAGUAAAAACUUCUCCAAAAAAAGAAUGCAACUACCCACGUCACAGUGAACACACUGGUAAUUUAGGGUAUGCACGUCAGUAUUCAACACGAUAUUCACAUCAUCACUGUCACCGUCAUCCACAAGAGCUUAAGCAACGAUCACAAACCGCUUCAAUAAAACCAACAAAUUCCUCAUCAUCAUUAUUUUUGCAACGUUGGCGAAAAGCUGACCAUCCUAUUGUUCGUUCGGAAAAGAAACCAAAUAUUCUCAAUAGAGUACUACUGGAAUUUUCAACAACUUCAUUAAAUAAAAAUAACGAGAGAAAUCGAACAAAAAAUUUUGGUAAAGCCAUUGUAGCCAACAGAUUGAAGGAAAAGGCUACAGUUAACGCGCCAAGUCACCGCUCGAAUAGAAUCAUUCCAAGCUAUACUACUGAUUCUGAGGAUUCUCUGCAAAAUUAUCCACUCACAGUGCAAAAGAGCGAUACAAAGAAAAUAUUUAAAUUCAGUUCAUCAUCCACAUCCGAAUCAGACACUUUUGCAUUAUUAGGAUUACUAUCUAAUAAGAGUAAGUCAUCACUGUCAUCAAGAACAUCACUUUCAUCUAUAGAGGAUUUUACACGUGAUACGUCUUGUAGUAAGAUUGAGCUAUUUAGUGAUCAACCAAAUACAUCGUCAAAGGGUCUUAUAAGAUCCAAACCAGCAUGCACUAAUCUUACUCAAUAUAAUUUCCACCAAAGAGAUAAGGAUUUUAUUACCAUAAAUAACAAUGGGAAGAAUUGUGUUACUGUGAUUAAAAGAGAAUCAAACAACGGUAUGGAUGAUACAAAAAAAAAUGAGACUUCAUCAGUUUCCGCGACACGUCGUGUAGGUACUAUUUCAUUUGAAGACAGCAAAGAGAAAUCCACCAAGAUGACUCAAAAAUCGGACUUGAACUUGGACAGACCGCAGAGAAAUUCAGGAAGAGAAGCAGCUUCCUCUGGGCUACUUAUGUCAUCAUGCUCGGACACAGCGCUCAUAACACCACCAAUUUGUCAAAAGUUUAACAAUCCGAUGCGUUUUAUUCGAAAAAAUGUCGAACAAUCUGCGAGAAAUACUAACACCAAUUACCUUGAGUUUGAGACGGAGUUUCCUCGUGAUUACGAUGAUAAUAUCGAGAUGCUAUCAAGGGAAGCCGAACAUCUGGAAAAUCAGUUUCGCACUCCUAGUCGUACUAGUAACUCAGAAGUUAAAAUAACCACUCCACAUAGUUUAAAGAAGGAUGAAAUAAUAGAUCCUGAACCACAAGCACUUGCAGUGAAUACAAUUGUAACAACUUCAACCGGAAAACGUGUAGGAUUUAAAGUAGAAGAAAAAAUUGAGGAACACAUUGCCGAAAGUAGUAUUCUUCAAAAGGCUACACUGAAAAGCGCGGGACGUGCCAGUUUCGAGGAUAUAGUUCCUAUUGCAGUCACCAUACCAAUCACAACUGAAGUUGUCUCUUCGAGCACUUCCAGAACUACAACUUCUACACAAUCAACAAUAUCUUCUACGAAAAGCUCUUAUAAAGAUGAUGACGAUGAACCAGUUGCUAUGUCACCGUGUGGACGUUUUUUCAAGUACGAUAAGGAAGUUGGUCGUGGUUCUUUUAAAACUGUGUACCGAGGAUUGGAUACAGAAACUGGAGUAGCGGUUGCUUGGUGUGAAUUAUUGGACAAACAAGUUAAAAAGAGUGAACGUAUGAGGUUUCGUGAAGAGGCAGACAUGCUGAAGAAAUUGCAACAUCCCAAUAUUGUACGCUUCUACACAUACUGGGAAAACUCAGUAUCUCGAAAAAAGAACAUUGUUCUAGUCACAGAGUUAAUGCUUUCUGGAACUUUGAAAUCAUAUCUAAAACGGUUUAAGAAGAUCAAUCCAAAAGUUUUGAAGUCUUGGUGUAGACAAAUUUUGAAGGGAUUGCAUUUCCUACAUACUCGUCCUUUGCCUAUAAUUCAUCGUGAUUUGAAAUGUGAUAAUAUAUUUAUAACUGGUACGACUGGUAGCGUAAAAAUAGGCGAUUUGGGAUUAGCAACAUUGAAAAAUCGAUCACAUGCCAAGUCUGUGAUUGGAACUCCUGAGUUCAUGGCACCAGAAAUGUACGAAGAACAUUAUGACGAGUCCGUGGAUGUUUAUGCUUUCGGCAUGUGCAUGUUAGAAAUGGCUGUGUCUGAAUAUCCAUACAGCGAGUGCAAAGGACCUGCGCAGAUAUACAAGAAAGUUAUUUCAGGAAUUAAACCUGCAGCAUUAGCCAAAGUAGAAGACCCUAAGGUGCGUGAAAUAAUUGAGAAAUGCAUUGAACUGAAAAAAGAAAACAGACCCAGUUGUAAGGAUCUUUUGAACUCAGAGUUUUUUGAGGAAGACAUUGGUAUACGUGUGGAGCCAACAGCUACAGAAGCAUUUUUAAGUAAUCCUGAAAAUAACGUUAUCGAGUUUCGGCUUCGGUUUCUUGAUCCUAAAAAACGAUCGUCUAAGCACAAAGAAAACGAGGCUAUUCAGUUUGAGUAUGAUAUAAAAAUUGAUGAUUGUGAACAAAUUUGUCAAGAUAUGACCAAAGAAAAUAUAAUCACAGAAGAAGACUCGCGUGCCGUUGUUAGAAUGUUAAAAGUUCAGGUGUUUUCUCUACUGAAAGAACGGAUGCAAAGGCAAACUCAGUUGCAGUUGCAAAAUGAGAAAUCACGGUUGGAAAAGUUAGCAUUGCAAAAGCAACGAGCGAUGUUGGCUCCAAAUGUUGAAGAGGAGGAAGAAGAAGAUGAAGAGCCCGAAUCAGAAGAAGAUGAUGAAAACAAUCAAAAACAAUCGAAAACUAAAACUGAAAAUGUUGGCGACAUUGUUCCAAAUGUAACUACAGACGCUGCUAGAAAGACUGAUAAAGAACAUUUAACCGACACUUCUGUGGGUGUUCCAUUCCAACAACAGACUUCGUCAGGACAGCCAGUGGACCAGCGGCCUAUUUUACACCAAAAUUUUUACUCUAAUAAUACACAAAUGAUGCCAACACAGUCAAUAAUAACAUCAGGAGCAAUGCAAACUGCAGUUCAUUUCGUGCCACAACCUCAAAUGGCAUCUUUCCAGAAUUCCACCACACCUAUACAAGAUAUUUCAGCGAUGCAAAUAAUUUCUCCUACAAAAGGAAAUUUACCAUUUAAUAACGGACCGCAAAGUUUUAUUAACCAGCAAGUAACAGUACCUAUGUCAAAACCAGUUGUUAUUUCAGUGCCAGUUUCCAAUUCAGUUUCAAUCCCUGUUGUGACAUCACAAUCUAUACAACAGAUGGUACAACAGAUGCCGCAUCAAUUGCUACAACAGCAGCAACAGCAGAGAGUACAACAGCAGCAACCCAGUAACCAACAACCGAUAAUAUCGCAACAACUAAACCAAACGAAUACCUCUCAACAUCAACUGAACGUGCAUACACAACAACAACAACAGCAGCAGCUAAAUCAGCAAACCCAACAGAUUGCGAACGUGCAUACACAACAACAGAUAAAUCAGCAAACCCAACAGGUUGUGAAUCAACAGUUUACACAAACAAAUCAGUUAAUACCGCAGCAGGUACCUUCACAACAACUAGCUCAGCAAAAUCAACAACCUAUGCAACAGAAGGUACCUUCGCAACAACUAGCCCAGCAAAAUCAGCAACCUAUGCAACAGCUAAACCAACAGAUGCCGAAUACGCAGCAAGUUAAUAAUACUCAUCAAUUAAGUCAGCAGCAGGCUACACUUCAGCACGAAGACUCUCAGCAGCAUCAAAUUUCUACGCAUCAACAGCAAUUUUCUCAACAUAAAGAUGGUAAUUUAAGCCAGAUAAAUAAUCAACAGAACAUACAAUCGCAAAUGCCUGUUCAACAGCAACCUACUACCAAAUUUGUGCAGCAAUCUCAGCAACCAAAUUCUGUACAGGCCACAAUUUAUCAAAAGCAAAUGCAUGUGCAGCAACCACCAAUAAUUCAAAAUACGCAAUCUCCAAAUGCGCAAUCAAAACCGGAAAUGCCACAAACUACUACAGCAACGCCAUCAGUUACUCAACCAUCUCCUACAUUUACACCAUCACAAAUUGUUGACGAUACUGUCGGUACCAACACUACGAACCUGUUACCAGACUCUACUGCAAAUAAAAGUGUACCACCAACGACGAAAAAUACUAGUUCAAGUACAGUAAAACCGAAUAAUAAUACUCAGUUGUCUAACGAAGAGAAACAAGGAGCUCGCGGCCAAAAGUCGCGCCGUUCUAAUCGAAGCGGCAACGAGCGUGUGCCAAAGCUAAGUGUCACUGAUAUAGAACACGGUACUCUCAUAAACUGCCAUAUGGAAAAUAAACCAAAAACAAUAACUUUCAAAUUCGAUAUACGCGAUGUGAAUCCAACUGAAAUUGCUAACAAAUUGAUUGCUCAAGAUCUAUUGUCAAAAUAUCAAUCAGUAGUAUUCGCGGAAAUGAUUAAUGACAUAAUACAACAAGUUGAACUAAACCCCAAUCAGAUACCUGUGCCAACAUAUUGUCGUAACAUGGAUAAGGUCCGUCAUGCGUCUUUAACUCGUCAGCGCUCAGCAUUCAGAACUCAUCAGAGGCAUAGAUCACGUGAUGAGACUUCGAGUGACAUGUCUAAAAUGUUUGACUCUACUAUACUGGCUGCCGAGCCACUUAAUUCAAAUGUUGGCUCUUCCAUAGUUGCCAAAUCUAAUGUCAUGUCGUCAGAUACAAAUUCGCCACCUUUAAAUUCGCCAUGUCUGGAAAUUUCAAAUAGUCAACCAGCAGAUCAAGACACAUCAUCUCCAGGAAUAAUAAUAAGUGCGGGAAAUCCUAAUAUGGCAACCAACGUUACCGUAGCAACGACAUCGAUGUCUUCAUCCACUUCAACAUCAGAAACGGCCAACAACAGCAGUGACAAUGUAGUUGGAUCUGGUUCGGCGUCUCGAAAAACCAGUACUGCAUCGGAAUACACGUCCCUCUCAUCUGAUUAUACCCCUGAUAAUACAAUUACGUCAUCAACAUCGGCUUUUACAAUGGAAAACCCACCGAAUGAUGCUAAUAAUGAAGUGGAAAUAUGUAGCGAGAUAUUAACUUCGCCGCCUCAAGCAGAUCUUGACGUGCCCAAUACAUUAGUUACAACUAAUGCGUCAAAUACAGUUUCUCCUUUAGAAACACCGGAAAAUCCAAAAGAUUCUGAUGAAACAUCUGCAGGACAGUUUACAGAAGUAGCCUCAGUUAAGAAUAUUAACAUGAAACCAGGUCAAGAUAAUAUCGGUGAUCAGGUGCAGAGAAUUAAUGGUGCUACAUCAGCAAUACCACCGGUAUCUGCGAUACCUGUAGGUAGAAAGAUAUCACGUUUUCUUGUGAACCCUGUUAUUACAUCCUGUGGGGAUGGAACAUUGGAAGUAACUACAACAUCACAAGCUAACCAAAAGAAUUUCACACCUGUGUUCAUGAAAACAGAUGAGGGGAUAGGCGACGCAAGAGAUAUAGUUCCACAUUCCUCGACUGAAACGCAAGAAGAUAAUCGAAAUGUUAUUCCGGAUUUAAGUGAUGGUGCAAUUGUAUCAGAGAUAAGUACUAAUACUUUGUCGAACCCUAGCACCUCAGUUAUGAUAACUGCAGCACCAACAUCUAUGGCAUUUUCUAAUACCGUUACUACUCCGUCAAUAUUAUCAGCCGUUGGCUCAAAUAAUACAAACAGUAACACUUUGGAACAAUUGAAAAUCGAAUUAGAAAAUAUAACACAUGCUCAUGCUUUUGCUAGUUCUGUUGUAGCUUCACUUAACAACAAUACAGAUCUAAAUCAGAUCUGCCAGCAGUCAACGACGCAACCACUUACCACAGUGCUCGCAUCGGCCCCAACGCCUUCACAGCAACAACAUCAAGAUGAGAUAAGCAAGCCAUCCCCUAUAACAUCGGCGCAAUCACUUGGUCAAAGUACUCCAACAGGGUUUUUAAAUUCUGCUCGUGGUUCAUCUGUAUACAACUCUCGUCGUACAUCUCUUGAUAUAAGUGGGGGUUCCGACUUUCAGCAUGUUACAACAAAUGUAAUUGAAGGAUUGGAAUCCUCGUAUCAAGUUCCUGGCGCUAAUGUCCGAACUAGUAGUGGUGCUGCUUCAUGUACAUCUGCUCACACUCCUAUAGAUCCACACUCUGAAGUUGGCGGUGCAGGUGGAAGUGCUUCAAGUGUAAGUGCAUGUGCUGGAUUUAUCGAGUGUAAUACAGGUCCACGCCAAGCUGGUGGACUUAGCAAAAGUUCGUUAGCAGACUUGGAGAAAAAACUGGCGGCUCUACGCAAUGUCGAUGUGGCAGAUGAGAUAAGGGGCGUCACACCAGUCCUAGGUACAAAUACUACUAAAGUUUCCGAGGAGCAGCGAAAUUCACGGAAAAUAUCGCGUUUCAGUGUAAGCCGGGUGCAAGAACAAAAAGGUGGUGUUGGUAAUGGGAAUUUAUCAGAUGUGCCGACGACUCCACCGAUUAAUGCGGAACAACCAAAACUACGUAUCGAUUUGCAAGCCCAACAAUCUUACAACCAAACUAAGAACAGUCUCGUAAAUACACCAACAGAAAUUACACACAUUCCUGGUCAAUACAUUGGUAUAAAUAGUGCUAAUCCUCCAAAUAUUUAUCCACAAUCGUUACAACAACAAAAUUGUACUCCGCUACAACAUGUGCAGCCCCAACAAGCAUAUACACAGCAACAAAUUCCGAAUCAGGUAUUACAACAACAACAGUUUUUGCAACAGCUACUAUUGCAGAAGCGUGCAGCUACCCCAACACUGCAACCAGCACAUCUUGUUCCUCAACACUUCAAUCAAAUGCAAGCAAAUGUAUUACAGCAGCAAGUUAUACAACAGCAUUCGUCACCGGCUAUCCAACCAAAUAUACCAUAUCAGCCACAACAACAACUUGCUCAACAAGUAACACAACAGAGUCAAACUCAGCAAAAACCUUUACCUCUUCCCGUUUCAAAUUCACACAUUCAGAAUGUUCAAAUUCAGAGCCAACAAACUCAAAAUCAACAACCAGUUCAGAUACAACAAGUUACUACCCAACCACAGCUUCAAAAUCAACAAGCUCAUCAGCAAUUGCAACAGCAAGCUCAGAAUCAGCAAACAUUUCAAAACCCACAGCAAAUUCAAAAAAUACAAGUUCACAACCAGCAACAUAAUCCGGCUCAACAACAAAUGCAAAAUCAAUCGCAAAGCCAAAAUGCAAUUCAACAGCAGCCUCCACCCGUCUCUAGACCCCAGCAGCAACAAACACAAAAUAUGAUGCAACAAACACCACAACAACACAUUGUCGUUACCCAACAAUCGCAGACAUCUUCUUAUCCAAAUGGUGAAAUUUCAGACGCCCCUGUACUUAUGCCAGUGUCUAAUGAAGAGCCUGUUUCACUUGCCGCUACUCAUCCACAAUUACUACCUACUGUAAUUCAAUCCGAUAUCAAACACAACUUAGACUCUUUGGUUAACCAGCUGUGCAAUUCGCGACUGAGAACUAAUCAGCAUCAGCGACUCCUUUUACUAAGGCAACGCCAACUGAUUGAGGAAGACGAACUGAGAUUGAAGCACUAUGUUGAGUACGAAAAAUUCCAAAAAGCGUUGCGUCAAUCCGGAGAAACACAACCACAGGUAUUAUAUGUGCAGCCAACAACUUCGCAACAUGGGUUUCUAAAUUUGGGACCAGGAAACUUUCUGCAUCAAAUACAUGGAGUAAAGCCUAUGACGAAUCUACAAUCAGCAUAUACGGUAGGAAUAAACCAAACCCAACUUCCACAGCAAAUCCAUUCUCAACUGGCUAUGCAACAACAACAGGCUCAAUCACAACAGCCUAUUCAAGUGGGUCAAUUUUCGAAUCAAACAGCUGUAACUUCUACAACUGCAUGUGGUAAUAUUAACCAAGAACAACAAGCGCAGCAACAGCAGCAAAUUCAAAAGAUAUUGCCUCAAUUAUUGGCCAAUAGUGGAAACAAUAUGCAAUGCUUGUCAAACAUUACAGAUAGUUCUUUGGCGACGUUCAUACACUUACUUUCACAAUUAAAUUCAAACCCCGAAAGGACUGCGGAAAUGGUAGUGAAAGUAAAUCCAACCGAGGACAAGUUGCCUUCGGUGCAAAAAAUACUUUUCUUAAAUCAGAGAGAUAGCUGUGAUGUUACAAUCAGCUCUGAUUCAAAUACCACUGACGUGAAAAUUAAGCAUGUGAAUGUCCAGUUUAAACCGAACUAAAACUGAAGUAAACUUUCUACUAAUCAACAAUUCAAGUCAAAUCCAAAUAGAUUCCUAUAAUUACAAGCUUUAGGAAAUGCCAGAAAAGAAAACAAGAAAAAAGAAAAUCCUGGGAAACGAAAAAAAAAAUAUUGAAUUGCUAUAUUUAAUAAAUGUUUUAUAACGUAGUUUAUUUUAUAUUUUCCUAUAAAUAUGUAACAUAUUUCGGAUUUAAUUUUGAAAUAAAAUUUUAAAUAAACUUAGCGAGGAAUAUUAUAUUAUUUUAAGUGGCAAAUAUAAUAUUCCAUAUUAAAUGCUCCAAAUAUCAGUUUACAACUCACAUAUGACCGGAGAGGUAGAUAUUCAAAUAUUUCAUCACUAAAAAGUUACAUAUGCUAUAUAUGAAAUGGAGCCAAAAAUUUGUAUGGAAUUGAACCAGUUCUUUGUUGCUAGAAGAUAUUUAAUUCAACUGUAUUCAAAAUCUGUUAGAAAUAUAUAAUUUAUCACUUCUGUACUAUAUGUUUGAAGUUAAUAAAUCAGCAUAUAAUUAUGUUAUUUAGAAAAUUAUUUACUCUAAAUGUAUUUUUAUGUAACAAAAUAAAUAGCGUUUUAUAUUGUUUAAAAUGUGUACUGUGCUUAAAAUAUUACGAUUUUAUUUUAUUUUUUUCCCCGAAAUAUUGAUUAAUUAAAUAGCUGGUCGUAAAUUAAAUAUGCCGGCUGAGAACAUAUAACAUAAGAACAUAUACAUAAAAUACAAGCAGCACCUAGUGAAGAAGUUUACAGAUUUUUGACCUUCUGUAGAACUUAAAAAAAUGUGUAGCUGCUUAAUAUCCGGAGGAAUUAAAAAAAAUACUAGUUUUAGCAACAUUUUACUAAAUGAUGAAUCAAAAUAUUUUUGCUUAAUUUUGGAAAGACACCUUCUAUUCAGAUAUGUGCUAUACAAAUAUAAUCAAAGUGACUAAACGUAAGAUGCGCUAUAUAAUCCCUUUCACCUCUUCUGUACUAUAUUUAAAAUUUAGCGUUUUCCGUUACAAUUGCAAGUUUAUUUAGAAAUUUGGUUAACAUCCAUUUUCUCCCUAUUCACUCUAUAAGGGAAAUGACACUAUAAAGUUUGAGUUUGUGGAGAAGAAUCCCGAGUGACAAAUAAGAGUUGGAGGACCUUCAGUGGUGGAUUCGAGUAGAUGCAUUCUUGAUGUUUCUGACUCUUUAACUUGUAACAUGCAGAUUUUAUUGAAAAAAAGAAGGUUCCAAAGAUGUUUCCUUUCUCUUUCUAAAGCUUGCGCAUAAGUACGAAGUACAGAGAGCGUUUUAAACAAGAAAAAGUAUCGAAAGUGGUACCGCUUGCUUUAAAAAUAGUUAGCGAACAGAAUAUUUCUUCGAGAUUUAUGAAAAGUCAUUGCAUGAAAAAAUAAUUAUUUAUUCGCCCGACGCUCCCUCUAGAAUCAGCAUUGGACAUCACAGUAGAUGAAAAUUGUUUGAUUGCGGCUUAUUAUAUUUACUUCCCAACAUGUGAAAAGGUUCGAUAAGGCGAUUGAUGGUUUCAACAAGAAACCCUGUAGCACUGCGACAAGCUUAUGAGACAAACUUUUAAAUCAAAUAUGAAAUCAUGAGCUUCAAAGGAAGCGUGGUCCUUAACAGUGAAAUAUAGUUUUAUUUCGGUAUUAAUAAAAAAAAAAUGUAAUUCAUGUAUAUAUUAUGCAAAAUUUAUUAUAUAUAUUAUUAAAUAAAUGCGAUUUUCCUUUCUCGCCAGUUAUGAAUGUUAGUUUAAAAUAGUUUGGAGAAAAUCAACCAAAUGAUAUGUACUGAUAAUAAUAAUACAAGUACUUUUAUGCAUUGAUGCAACCAAUAUAACCUGCAACGGAACGAAUACAUUAUUUAUUAUAGAUUCUAAGAAUCAAAAGCGCAAAACAUACCUAUUCCAUCUUACAAGUGCCUGCGGUAUUGUAUCUAGUGGGUCAUGUAAUAAAUAUUGUCGUAUACCCCGGAAGUAUUGCUGUAGAAAUAAAUCCCAAUCUAGUUGUGUCAUGUCGAAGAAAAAUAUAUCCUUAUCCUUAUCGGAUAGCCGAUGCCAUAAACUUCGCACAU